UAUAGGUCGGGCUGUCGGGCUGUCCGAUUUGGGACCGGUGUGGUGAUUUACAUAAGUAGGCUGUUGCGUUCAAGACCGAAACGUAUGGCGUUGAGAAUUUGACAGUUCGCUAAGACCCUCCUAUCUACAGGGCGAUUUAGAAGCCUCCAGAAAUGGUGAGGCGACGUCUCCUCGAUGUCGCGACGUCUGCCCUCUUCACAGCGCCGUUUGCCCCCACCCACCGAUAGCAGCCACUAUCAGGCUGCUCUCGCUGCUCAAAGAGCCUACCCCCAUCAGAACCCUAAAUUGGGCCACCACCAUCAGGACUACCAGCAGAGAUGUCGUGGUCCGUACAGAAACGGGGUGUUGAAGCCGGCCACAACCAUUGACAUCGGUUUCAGCGAUGAAACCACCGAUACACAGAGCUACGACUACUACUAUCAAGAGAACGGCUUCCAACACAGUCCUUUACGAGAAUCGAGGAACACGGAUGUUACUUUUUCUGACGACAGCGGUUCCACUAGACUCCCGUACUAUGAAUUCGACGACGAGUCCAAUAAAAGGUAUUCUAGGAACACCUUCUCGGAGAGAAGUUCGACUAGACCCAAAAUGGGACCGGAUAAGAAGGUUAGGGGUCAAAUUGUAAUGAGUAAAGACCCAAGGAAAGUGUACCCGAAUCAGGAGGGCCAGUGGGACCAGCUGUAUCAUGAAAUACAGACACCGUGUGAUAAUGUACCUGCUUCUAGCGCCCCUAGAAGAAUACCCACUAGGCUUUCUCACAGGUCGCACAGUACCAUGAGUUCGGGUGUCACGAGCGCCAUUGUGCACGGGUGCGGGGGUAAAUGCCAAACCUUCGAAAACGUCUGCUAUUUUUUUCUACAGCUCGUUUUUACGAUGGGGAUCCUCAUAGGAGUGUCGCUGUGCAUAGCCGGGAUCGUCCUGAGGAAAUCGGCGGCCCGGAAUCUCCAGGUCCUGGUGUACAUAGGCGUUCUCCUAGCCCUUGUCAGCGCCCUUUUGCUGGGAAUACAAUGCAACGCCAGGAACACCGCGAGGAAGAGAAAAAAAGCCAUACUGAUGGCCAAAAGGGCCCCCAUUCAAAUGGACACGCUCCACCUGAGGCAAAACCCGCUGCAUCAGCAGCCCCUAAUGGUCGCCAAGAUGGGACCUAGCCAAAGGCCGGUUCAGCAGGUGCCACAAGUGCAUGGGAGCCUUUCGCGUCCUCCGCCGCCCAGGCAACACAACCUGGAGGCUCCUCCGAUGGUAGAGGAACAGGGGAUCCCCUGGUGGCGAAGAAAAGACCUCAAUACUCAGUAGAGACAAUUUUUUUUAAUUAUGCCUGUAAAUACGAACCAGUUUAACUUU